GCCGGCCCACAGCAGACUAAUUGAAGUUAGCUGCGUUCUGCGCUUGCCAACUCGCCGGUUACGAAGAAAGAAAUUCGAAGCCAAAGAAGACGGAGAUUCAGCGCUUGCGAGUUGCGACGAAGAAGGGAACACAAAGCCACGGCCGUCCACGCCGCUCGUCUAGGGCCCUGCGACCUGCGUCGUCGGCCGUCCUUCCGGCUUCCUCUCUGGACUCCGGCUCUGGGCUGUGCCUCAGUGCUUCCAGCUCCACUGCUCCUCUGCUCCAGUCCACCCUAUUGUAACUUUCUGGCUUCACCCCUGCCGUGAUGGAAGAAGUUACCUAGGAACGCCUACUGGCGACUGGCCCAACUCGUUGACCACGGACCGCUAUUGCCGAAGGCCGACGCUUGCCCGCCUGCGCCCUGCCCUUUCCCCCCCUUCUCGGAAAUCGGAAUCUCACCUUGACGGCUAAUCACGGCUUCUCAGUCCAGGCUUCCAGCUCCAGCACAACACUACAGCAGCACACAGGCUUCAGAUAUAGUAGGUGGAAAUGUUAGGUGGUUCUCAUGUUCAACUCAAGGUUUGGCAGCGGGCUGCUGUUGCAUUUGGUUCAGCAGUGGGGGCAUUGUUGGAUCCACGAAGAGCUGACCUGAUUGCAGCUUUAGGGGAGACCACUGGAAAACCUGCUUUUGAAAGGGUUUUGCAAAGGAUGAAGAAUAGUCCCGAGGGGAGGGUAGUCUUAUCGGAGCGUCCUCGAGUAAUCUCUUCCCAAGUGGGCCAUGCAUGGGAACUACCAGACAACACAUUUGGAGCUGCGUAUGCCAAGUUCAUGGGAUCUAGAAACUUCUCCCCUGACGAUCGGCCGCCUGUUCGGUUCAUGGAAUCAGAAGAAUUAGCUUAUGUGGCCAUGCGUGCCCGCGAGGUUCAUGACUUCUGGCACACCCUCUUCGGCCUUCCCACCAAUAUGAUUGGAGAAACGGCACUUAAGGUGAUAGAGUUUGAACAGAUGAUGCUCCCCAUGUGUAUGAUGUCUGUGGUGGGUGGUACAGCAAGAUUCACUGAGAGACAAAGGACACUGUUCUAUCAGCAUUACUUCCCUUGGGCACUCAAAGCUGGUUUGAGAUGCACCGACUUGAUGUGUGUGUAUUAUGAGCGACACUUUGAUGAAGAUUUGGAGGAUGUUCGCAGAAGGUUGGGAAUUAUUCCAGCUCCUCAACCAACUCAUUCAUGAAGUUUUGUGCAAGAAAUGAAAGUAAGAAAGUUCGGAUGGUCUUCAUCUCUUUUCCCCAUCCAUUCCCUUCAAUCACUAUGAUCUUCAGAUUGUCUUCGUUUCUCAUGGGGAAAAAUAAUUCAAAUAGCUUAAACUGUGGAGGAGUGUGACUCUGGUACCCCAACUUGCAUAUAUAAGAUAAAUGUGAUUAAGUUUACACAUGGGUGGAUGUGGAUCCAGGAUUUCAAUGUUGGGGUGGACUGAAAAACUUAAUUGAUAAUACAUUGAAAUUUUUUCAAAAUAAGCAAAAAAUCAAAUAUAAAAGUUAUCCCCUAAAUUUGUUCUCGAUGAGACUUUGAAACAAAAAGCUCAUCAACAAUACAGUCUGUAUCUAUAUUAAGAGUAAUGUCUUUUUCAAUAUAAAGUAUCAUGCAAU